AUGGCAAUGAUCCAUGAGGAGAAAAAGAUUGGUGACGAAGAGAAAGAGCAACACCUAGACAGCCAUGCGCAUCACACUGGGAUAUUACGGGGUGUGUUGGAAAGGGCCGUCGCCAAUCGUUUUUCUUCCAAGCCCAUUGAUGUCGAGAAGAACCAAUUGACGCAAGAUGCACAGGAGCAACAAAAGCGCAUCUUGGAUACACGGCAAAGCAUCUUGGCAGAAGACCAACAACAGCUUCAAGAGUUAACCAUCUUGGAAGCCGUCGAAGAGGAUAACAGAGUCAGCAAUAGCAUCCGUGAUGUGGCCUCGGAUGAAAGCAAUCGGAAUCAGGAUCAACAUCGACACCAUUGCCCAACACUGACGCCUUCAGAGCAAAAGUAUUUGGAGGGACUGCUGGAAUCAGAAGAUCCAGAGUCCAUCAGACGGGCAACACUGAUCCUGUCAGAUUUGAGCUUGUUUCCCAGAGAGGAAUCUUUGGAAGAUUCCCAAGAGUUGAAAACGACAAUGUCCAGAAGAGACUCCAAAGUUCAGCGCCUCUUUUUCCGAAUGCACGAGAUGGGACGAACACCCACUUCGGCACGUGGAGCCGCGGGACAUUUCACAUCAUCACCUAUACGUGGAGGUAGCACUGUCAAUACCAAGAGACGGAUGUGCUGGAAUGAGCGCAGAGAGAGCUCUAUUGUCGUGCUGGAAUCACAAACUUCCAUGUCUUCCUUGUUAGAUGAUACCAGGAGAAAUUCCCUGAUAGCCAGUGGGUCUUAUCAACCCUCUGCUGGUAUGAUCCGAGACGACACGGAAAAUGAUGACAUUCUUGCUACUGACGAUGACUACCCUCAGGUAACGGCUGACAGAUCUGGUAGCAGCACCACUUCGCAAGAUAUAUCCUCCUGGCUGGAUGGAGCUGGGGCCGCCAAUGGAGGAGGCAAAGAAGGACCAGCGGUAGAAGUACACAAUGUCAAUGGAAUCAUGGGAUCUGACAAGAUUGUGAAUACAGCCGAGUCUCUAUUCAAGACAUCCUUUGCUAUCUUGGGAACGGCUGCGGAUGAUGUAUCUUGCAUUCCACACGUCUUGUCUCCUCCUCUGAUGGAGAGUCUCCUCGAAUUCGUCCCUGAAACUCUCAGUGAUUACCACUUUUGGAUCAAAUACAGUCUGGUGCGUGAUGGGGCCAACCUCUACACACUUCUCAGGCAUGUCCGUGCGUCCACGAGAUCCAUCUUGGCGAUUGAAACAACGGAUGGGCAAGUCUUUGGUGCAUUCACGUCGAAACCGUGGAGGCUUCUUGAGAGUAAAGAAUUGCCCCGAACUGGCGAAGAUGAGGUUGCAAACGAAGCAGCUCCGAAAGGGGAAGACUCGUUUUUCGGCUCGCAGGAUACGUUUCUGUGGAAGAUGCGACAGUCACGCUUUGAAUCGCAAGCAUUGGUGAGGUCCGCAACAGUGGAACAGGCAAUCUUGAUGGAAAGCGAGUUGGCAGUCUAUCCAUUCACAGGCGCCAACAACUUUGUGCAACAUUGCACCCCGUCUGAUGGAAUUGGUCUUGGGGACAAUGCAUCGGCCAUUCGGCUCGAUCCCUCGCUCAGGACGGGUUCCACUGCAGCAUCGGAGACUUUUGGCAAUCCAUGCCUGUUAGAUCCCAAAGAGGAAACAUCAAGAUCUUUCGAGGUUGCCAAUUUGGAAGUCUGGACGCUCACACCACAUGAUACGGUCAAAGAGGCGGAACAAACCGAGCUGAAGGCGUUCUUUCAGCAACGUCAACGAGAAGAGCACAGGAACCGUCUUGAUCUUUUUGGUAUUCUGGUGGGAGGACCCAAAAUGAAGUAG